CGAAAUGCAUCGUGUGAUUAAUAACGGUGGAAACUUUUUAAAUAUAGAUUCCUAUGGAAUACAAUCAUUUAGUGAUACUUCGGUUAAGGCAGUAGUUAAUAUUUGAUAUUGUUGCUCUCGUUGUUGUUGUUGUUACGAUCUGUUUUGCAGACAUGCGUAAUUUUUUUCAAAUGUCAGUGUUAUUUGCGGUGAUAAUGGCUGUGAUCUGGUCUCAAGUUGAAAUUGCCGAGGCGAAAAUAGUGCAUAAAGUGAUAGCGGGUAUUGCCCUACCCGUAGUUGCUGGUGCGGGAGCGGGUCUUGCCGGCGGGGUAGUCGCCGGCGCAGUUACAGGAGCUCACCGUGACCGUGAAUAUAAUCUUCCCUCUACUACGUACUACAGAACCUUCGAGCAUUCAUACUUAGACCGAGCACGGCCUCACCCUUCGCCGCUGCUCCGACAUCUGCGCAAAGCUCUGCGAUACUCAUUUGAGCAUCGACGUCGGCCUCAAUACGCUUCGUGGCUUUCGGCUUACUCGCCCUACCAUUAUUUUCGGCCUUCUCACACAAUCUUCCAAUCGACACAUGCGUAUCAGCCAUUCUACAGCAAGUCCUCAUAUCACAAAGCUGUUUAUCCACCAGAAGGAUCUAGUAGCCGUACAAUGUCCAUUGACGCCCAGAUCGAGUGCAAAGUCGUUAGCGAAGAUGUCACUUCCUAUAGGAAAACAUCAAUGGCAGUACCAGCACACGAGGAAGAAGCUCAUUACCUGUACAAACCAAAAAGUCAAGAUGACAAAUCCACAAGAGUCGUUCAUGAGCAUCAUCAUUAUCACGAUGACGAGGCAGAGAUCGACAGUGAAGGACACGAUUUGACCAAUAAGGACGCACCGAGCCAUUACAAGGACAGCAAAAAACAUUAUCACCAACUGGAUGAAGAUAGUGAGGCGCAACACAAUUCACAUGAUCACCGAGUUAAGGACGUUAGCGGCGUCGAAGAAGAUUCGUUCGCUCGAAGGAGAGCGAUCCGCAGAAAAAACAAGCAGAAGAAAUUCCUCAAGUCGAAGCCACAUAAUGAGUGGCUCAGUCGUUCGGAAAGUGAUAACAAACAGGAAGAGAACCGAGAGUAAUGUUAGAAUUAGGACGAAAUUAUUUGUGGAAAAGGCUCGUUAUGGACAGGUGCAAGGCAAAGAUAAUUACCUCCCAGCGAGAAUAAGGUUGUCUGACGACGUGCGACAAAGCCAUUAGGCAGAAAGCGACAAAAUUCAAGCUAACAUCAGAACGAUAUUGGCGUCAAGGUUUGAUAAUCAAAGCUUAUGCCCGCCGUCUGCUAGCUACCAUGUCGUUUCGUAUUUGGUCAGCAAAGUUGUUCACGUUCACAAAUAUGGCAAAGGCAACCAUGGCAUCUUCUAUGGCUAGGAAAGAAGAAUGGUCAUUUACCUCCACAAAUUGUCAUGAAUGGAAGAAAGAAAAGGAUCAGCCUUCAGUGGACAGUCAUGUUGUCGUUAGUGUGUCUCCCACCCACGCGUUAUGUGGGUACUCAACCAGUGUACCAUUACGCGGUAAACGUUUUACGAGCACUUCUCCGACGGAAUCAACCGAAGUUGCAGCACCAACUUCUAUUAUUACAGAUAUGUAUAUAUGUAUGUACGUACCACUAUGUAUCUUCUGCACGCCUAGUGCCGGUUCUACUGACUAAAUAAUGCCUGUGCGUCUGUCUAAUGUUGUUACGGCUGUUAAGAGGUUAAAAACCGAAAUGUUUUUUUUGGUAAUUUUACUUUGUAUUCGGUCUCCCUCUCGCGUUGCGGCGCUAUUUUAGAAGCACUUCUUCGUUAUUGUUGUCUGGAUUGAAACUACCUAAUUUUACUCCGCGCAAGCGAUUAAUGAACACAAUGGGAUAGAAUGGAAUACGACGGAAGAGACAAGUCGUAGACAAACCUGAUCUGGUGAGCACCAUCACUGGUCAGCGCUACAGCACCAAAACCAGCGAACUUCCGGAUAGCGUUUAGCGUACGAGCGACGACCGCUGCAGUAAAAAGAUAGGCGUAAACGUUUGCGCGAAAAGGCAAUGAUUCCCACAGCUGCUGUUUGUGUGAAAAUAUAUGUAUGUAAUGUAACUACACGAGGCAUUCACUUAUAACUCUAUAUUGCUUUAUGUGAACGUUGCACUGUUUCGUUUGAGUGCGGAUAGUAUGUUUAAUGUUUGAUUUUUCCAACGUUAUUUCAUCUGUUUAGUGGAGCUUCUGUACACAUAGUGUUAGGUCUUCCAUGCCUGCGCGUGAGCAUCCGUAUAACUCAGCGAUAGGAAACUUUCCGCUUAAAUACAGUCAGUGUCAAUAACAGGCAGCGCUCAAAUUUGAGAUUAUUUCACAUCUUGUCACCGAAGGUAGCUGGUGCAACAGUUGACCCAGUUCUACUAGAUGUAUAAUGUGCCGCUUACAUAGUACUUGAUGUUUUAGAAGACUGCUAAAGCUGAACAUUUUACCGUUUCCAUAGUGCCCAUUCGAUACCUGAUAAUCGUUCCUGUCGCCUUCGAAAGCAAACCCCACUGUUCAACAAGCGCUCACCACAAAUAGGCGCCUACACCUGUAAUGAAACAAGGCCGUCGUUUGUGGUCCCGUUUACAGCCUGAUCAGCUACCUAAACUUGUUCGUCAUACUUCAGAUAAAGUCUGGUUAGACCAAGGGCUCCGCUUCUACUUGUUUUUGUCAUGAUGAAUUCGAGAAUAGUACGAUGCUCAAUUCUCUGUCAUAGGGAACGCUCCUAGCAAGUGGCUUGUUGUCUAACGUUAAAUACGAGAAGCCGCCUAAAUUGGCGAGUUGUAUAUAUGUCCGUCAGCAUCUUCGACUGCUAUUUUUUGUCAUCAGGCCCGAGUUUCCAUGUGAACAAGUGGCUAGUGGCAAAUCGCUUUAAUUUUUAUCAAUACCUUCACGUUUCAGUUGAGUGUCGGCAGCACCGGCAAUAACGAAAACCAGAACGGUCAUAACAAAGGCGUUGAAACAAAUAAAGAUAACUGGAUUCAUCGCGAUCAGGCGGGCGCUUAAACAAAACAAGAAGACAAAACGUUUCCAUAUUACUAUAUAUGUGCCUCUUUUUAGCUAUCAUUUUUGACCGUGUAUCUACGGUAACUCAAUACGUUUUCUGAAUAUCGUUAUGACGGACGCAGUCAGUAAAUGCAGCGAAAGUAUGAAAUCGUAUCGAAACGAAGAAAGCCCUUUCGAAUUGCCCACUGGUUCAAUUGAAGCCCACUGGUUACGGCUCGCCAGGAAACGUUUGCUUUAAUAUUUUGCGAAUCAGAAAUGAGCGUAACAAUAGCAAUGGUAACAGUGAUAUCCUUUUCAACAAUAAACGUAGCUGAUUGCCACUUAUACCAGUUUCUUUAUACUUUAUUAUUUAGUAAUACUUUAUUCUAGCAGUGAGUAUGUGCCGUUACUACUAUCGAGACAACAGGUUAUUAACGUAUAGCAAUCGAUUCUUGCGAGUUAGCUGCGCUUGUUGGUACAGCCUUCACAUAUCGAAACUUUUAUCCGACGCCCCACAGAUAUGCGUUGUACGGUGAUAUCAUCGGUGCCGUUUGCGUCAUGACAAUACAAUCGUGUUCGUGCUUUGCCGCUGGUCGAUCUGCCGACCGCCAUGUCUGGCCAAUGCGAUAGGUCCUGUCGCGUAUGUACACAUAUGGUGCCUCUCCGCUUUCAAGUGCUUAGGGGGGCGAUCUACAGCGACAGCCUGCCGCACACAGAAAUCCAAUUAUCUACGCAUGAUUUGGCGUCACUUCCAGUUCCUAUAUCUGGUCAUAUAUUCCAGCCACUAUCGCUACUGGUUUGGUUGGCUGUUUUUCGUCCCUUUCGCUACUUUCGUUGGUAACGACAGAGUCGAUUCUAUAACGGUGCUCUUGUAAUCGCACGGGAACUGUUUUGCCAACUGUACACCAAUGCACAGGCUGGUGAUAUCAAGUACCUACACACCUUCUAUGUAUUGUCUCUUGCUUUUGACAUCGCAUGCUAAAAUAUUGUACGCAUAGAAUAUCUAGGAGGGAUACCGAAAUAAGCAUUUUUUUUUAAGUUCGAUUGACAACAUCGAAGGCGGCUUCGGGCAUUUCUGCUUCGAUGGUGUGCCAGUCGCUCUGAUCGGUAAGAACCCCCCAAGGUGACCAACAACUACUUCAGAUUGGCGCCUAUUGACCAUAGUAGUUUCGCUGUUACCUCCUCGCAUAAUGACGGCAACAUUAAACUGUCGUGUUGUUUGUUCUGUCAGAACGCACUUGGUAGUCCGCUGACGAUGUUGUAUUUCCUUUCAUCGCCUGUUCGUACAUAAGCAUCAGUGACUAAACGUCUAUAAACGCUAGACCUAACACAAACAUGCCAUACAAACACACACACAGAUUCGAUACAGGGGCAAUCGGGAGCGGUGUCUUGAUGGCGUUCUUCGUUGUCCGCAUGAGGUCGAAUCCUUUUGCCUUUUGUAUAAGUGUUAUGAUUAGAUCGCAUGAUAAAUGCAGAGGGGAGUCUAGUAUUCGUGCGUUAACAUCGUAGUGAGAACGAGCCUCAUCGCAUAGAAAACACGUCCAGAAGAUGUUGCGCUACAGGUGCUAUUUGGUAAUGCACUAUUACGCAACGGCUACGGUAGAAACGGAGACGGGACAAAGUAGCUGGCAAAUCGACGCUACAUAGAGAAAGUGGAGAAAAAAACGUCGAAAGCGUUCAGUAGCCUAGUGGAAGAGCGAUACAGAUAGCCGUUUGCACUCAUAAUAGCAAUAAGAAGCUAAUUGGCUCAAACCCUUUGAUCGACAAAUAAUGUCCUAUGCGAUCGUAAUAGGUUUUCUAUUAUUAAAUAGUUAAUCGAUACGUUUAAUACAUAGCGUGAUCGAUUUCUGCAUGAAUCUAUCUUACUUCAUGAGGGUCAAAUAUGUAUAUAUACAUAUAUGCUCAAAAUGUAGCUAUAUAAAUGUCGUAACCGUAAUGCAAAGUGACUAGGUGAGCCCAGCCUCAGGUUAGGGUUGCGCAAGGGAUACUGUAGCACGAAAAAGUGUCGCAUCAAUAUUCGCCUGUGUCAACUGCCGCAUUAAAAACGAGCUGUUUUUUUGUUUACGGAAAUCACAAAUCUUUAACAUGAACAUUUAACGACAAUUAACAACAUUGUUGUUUCCGCGCCCGCUGGAUAUUGACUGACCAUUGCAUAUGGUCGACUAAAAAGAAACCAGAUGAAGUGUAAUGGACGUUUUGUUUGUUGAAGCGGAGUUCGUUCGGACGGCUGCACAGAGGAUAAUGCCAAUUGUAUGUAUAUAUGUCGGAUGAUUUAUAAUGUGCGUUAGCUUUGUUUUGUAGUAGAUAAAGCCCUGAGAACUGUCUAGCUACUUUAUGUCCGCUUCCAUAGUGUAAUAACGUACCGUAGGCGAGCCAGAGGCCUGUCGUAGCUAGUAAACAAAAAUCACCAAACAGUCCUUAGUGAACGUAGUAGUCACAUAAUUUGAUAGCCGAACAAAACAAGUUAGUGAUAAUAAUCAGCCUUUAUUUAUUGAUGAAUAGUAUUUACAGGCCAUUUACUUGGCUUAUGUACAACGUUGUUGACGGGUUUGGAAACGCAUUCAGCGGCUCCGAAAGUAUUUACAACAGAGCUUAUAUAAAAGGCGUUUCGAAAUUAAAAGUUUUAUCGUUACAGUAAAUUGCAAAAACUUGCGUAGUUUGAGCAGUAAAAAAGAAUUUAUGCGUAAACUUAAGAGCUAUGGGAUAUAGUCAUGGAUUGAGUCAAGUGAGCUAGCUUGUUCUAGUGAAGUCGACUGCCAGCCCAGUUCUUAGCGCGAGUCAAGUAGAAAGGAUUCCAAAAUUUCAUGUCUGACUAUCUAUGACUAUCGAGAACAAUUGACAAAAAGUAAGUUGGAGUUAAGCCUAUUUUUUCACAUGGCUUGA